AUGAACGCGGCCAAACUUGAGUUAUACGACCAUCAUGCGGGAAAUGAGGGCGAGGCCAAUGGCGCGUCCACCCAUCUACCGCCGUCCUCCAAUUCGCCAUCCGACUAUGACUCCGGCGGAGACGACGACCUCGAUGGCUCUCUUAGUAGGAAGCGCAAAAGGGUCUCCAGGCCUAUGAAUGUCACCUGCGAAGCCUGUAAGCAAAGAAAGGUGAAAUGCGAUCGCCAACAGCCCGCUUGCGGCUGGUGUACUCGGAACGACCAUCCAUGUGAAUACAGGGAGCGCAAGAAGCCUGGCCUCCGGGCUGGCUACGGGAGGGAGCUCGAAGGCAGACUUGAUCGCCUCGAGGCCUUGCUGGAAGAGCAGGGUCGGCAGUUAGCGGCCCACCUUGCAGAAUCAUGCUCCAUAUCUGGGGUGACGACCGCGGCCAGCAACAGAAGCAAUGCACAAGGCGUCGGGCCAGAGACCGCACGGCCACAAGCCUCCUACGACGCUCCAGGUAUCAGCGUUCCAGGCGAGCUUCAACAACAAAUCAUCGACCCUAGUCUGCGUCCACCGGGCUCGCGACAUGGAUCUUUGCAAUAUCAACAGAGUGUUGCAGACCAGCAAAUGGCUCAACAGAGCCACUAUACACCCUCCUCGCAUUCGCAUGCGGCACUUACCUCUCCUCAUUCUACCACCGGAUACCCUGCGACUCAGGUGUUCAAUGAGUACUCGGCCAUGCUGCCUCCAUACGACCUUCUCUAUUCCCUUGUCGACCUCUAUUUCAAACACAUCAAUAUAUGGCUCCCCUUGCUGGACCGGAAGACCACACUUGACACUCUCUUUGGCGCUUCAACGCUGGAUGAAGCCGACAGAGUGCUCCUGCACGCCAUCGUCGCGACAACUUUGCGCUUCUCGCAGGAUCUUCGAUUGACUCCGGAAGCUCGCCAGCACUAUCACGACACCUCCAAACAACGGGUCCAGUUAUUCGGCCUGGAGAAUUCAAACGUCCGAGCUUUGCAGGCACUGGUCAUUCUGGCAUUGGAUGUGACCGGCACGACCAAUGGCCCGCCAGCCUGGAAUCUCCUCGCGCUCAUUAGCAGAAGUAUGGUCCAACUCGGACUGGCCGUGGAGUCAGGCUCAGUACUGGCCACGCCCAUGUAUCCCUCAAUUGCCACCCUCCGAGCUUCCGUCCUGCCCGAACCAAAGUCUUGGAUUGAAGACGAAGAACGACGCAGGCUGUUCUGGGCCGUUUACUUGCUGGACCGAUACGCCACCAUUGCCACCGCCUUUGAAUUCGCGCUUGACGAGAAGGAGGUCGACCGUCGUCUGCCUUGCCGGGACGACCUAUUUGCGGCGAAUAAGCCUGUCGAGACCAGGUGGUUUCGGCCGCCAGAACACCCGCGCUAUGCUACAGGGAUGGCGGUCGGCGACACGCAUGGUUACUUCUCGUAUCAUUGUGAACUCAUGGCUAUUCUGGGUCGGAUCCACCAGUUCCUGAAGCGGCCAGUCGACAUUGGGUCGUUGCCCGACGUCGAGCAGUGGCAGGGCUCAUACCGUGCGCUCGACAGUGAUCUCAACGCAUGGCACUUUAGUCUGCCUGACGACUUUGCCAACAUAACCCGGCUGCUCAAAUCAAACGUGCCCGCUAAAAAUACAAACUGUGGCUGGAUCAUGCUGCAUGCGGCGUACUGCCUGACUGUCAUUCGCCUGAACUCGUCGGCGGCGUACCCCAGCCAGACUUCGCCCAUCUUUUGCUCAUCCUACAGCGCCAUGCAGAGGUGUUUGUCUGCAGUGGAGAACUUGCGUAAGCUCUGUCGCUUCGUCAAGCUCAGUGGUCUCCUCGACAAAGUUGGGCCCCCUUUUGCCUUUGCGAUUUGGGUGGGCGCUCGGGUUAUGCUCGUUCACGGAUCGACCAUGGAUCACGAGGUGGAUCCCGACAUUGACUUCUUCGUCACGGCCCUAUCCGAGAUGGGCGAGAAUUGGCUAGUUGCCAGACGCUCCAGCGAAAUCCUGAGCCGGGUGCUGGGAGAGUAUCGACAGUCGCACCGGGCCACCGGGGUGACAGGGGAGAGAGUGACUCCAUCGACGGUGAAAAUCCUUGCCGACAUGCGCCGAUGUGCGUAUGAUCUUGACUUUUUAAUAUCUCGCCAGCCGCAUGCUGCGGCAGUCAAAUCAUACCACCCGACACGUGCGAACACUCCCGCCCCCAACGAGCUCGAGUAUCUUGACGUCUUUGAUCUCUUCAACUUUCCACGCAUACCAAUGACUCAGGAAGGAGUGGAAAACGGGAAUGCGCAGGCUAUGGGCCAAGCGGCUCCACCGGAUCUCUCAGCCAUGAACGCUGCUAUGAUCCCGAAUUUUGCAGUGCCAAAUCCCGAAGCUGAUUGGCUUUACCAUACAAACUAG